UUUCUUUUACUAUGAAGAUGCGCAAUCCACUUAAACCAAAGAACAAGUUAAGACGUUUUGCUGAACUGCAAGACGACCCUGGAUUUACUUCUGCUCAGUUUGAAACACAAGAAACGCCAAUUCCUUGGAACGCAAUAGGCUUGGCUUUACUUUUGUUUGUUCUCGGUAGUAUUUUGUUAGCAUUAGGUAUUCUGAUCAAAAUAGGCAUCAUUGCGUCCGAAAUUUGGUUAGAUAGAGGGACACCUUUUAUAGUGCUUGGUAGUGUGAUGUUUAUCCCAGGCGUUUAUCAUUUAUACAUUGCUUAUUAUGCAUAUUACAAAUAUCCUGGAUACGACUUUUCUCUAAUUCCAGACUGGGAUUAAAUAAAUCUUUUUAAUGCAUGUAUAUAUAUAUAUAUAUAUAAAGAAAUAUACAGACGCAAGUGGUUUUGUGUGUGUGGUAUAAG